CAAAUGCCUUAGGAGAGUGAGAGCGCUGGUUGGGAACUGGGGGUAGACUGGGACCGGCCUGGGCCUCCGCGGAGGGUGGGAGGGCUCAGGAGGGGGUGCCCCCGCGGGCUGGGGCUCGCUCGGGCCUACCCAGGAUUCCCAGUCUUCCCGGAGCGCAGGGCUCGGAUUCCGGCGGCUCCGGGCCGGCGGGGCGGGGCGGGGCGGGGGCAGGAAGCGGCGGAGCGGCGCCCGGAGCGGCUGGGCCCCGCGGAGCCCCGCCGGCUCAGUGAGGCGCCCCAGGCGGCCCCCGGACCCUGGGGAGCGGCGCGCCCCUGAGUGCACCGCGGGGCUCAGAAGGGUGCCAUGGCCUCGCGGCUCCUGCUCCGGCUGCGGCACGCCCUGGCCAGCGAGGGCCCCGCGGAGGCGGCCGCCGGCCCCGAGGCCGAGCAGUUCCCGGAGAGCUCGGAGCUGGAGGACGACGACGCCGAGGGCCUGUCCUCCCGCCUCAGCGGCACCCUGAGCUUCACCAGCGCCGAGGACGACGAGGACGAGGACGAGGAGGACGACGAGGUGGCCGGCCCCGACCCGCUGCCCCUCGGGGACCGGGCGUCGGGAGAGGAUGCAGAACAGAACCCCUCUCCCGAUGGGCAGCGGAGCAGUCAGCUCCUGGCACGGCAGUUGCAGGAUUUCUGGAAGAAGUCCCGGAACACCCUGGUGCCCCAGCGGCUGCUCUUCGAGGUGACCAGUGCCAACGUGGUCAAGGACCCCCCUUCCAAGUACGUGCUCUACACCCUCGCCGUGAUGGGGCCAGGGCCACCAGAUCACCAGCCAGCCCACAUCUCUCGCCGUUACUCAGACUUUGAGCGGUUGCACCGAAACCUGCAGCGGCAGUUCCGGGGCCCCAUGGCUGCCAUCUCCUUCCCCCGUAAGCGCCUGCGCCGGAAUUUCACUGCAGAGACCAUUGCCCGCCGCAGCCGGGCCUUUGAGCAGUUUUUGAGCCACCUGCAGGCAGUCCCCGAGCUGCGCCAUGCCCCAGACCUACAGGACUUCUUCGUGCUGCCGGAGCUGCGGAGGGCACAGAGCCUCACCUGCACCGGCCUCUACCGUGAGGCUCUGGCGCUCUGGGCCAAUGCCUGGCAGCUUCAGGCCCAGCUGGGCACCCUCUCCAGCCCAGAUCGCCCUCUGCUGACCCUGGCUGGGCUGGCUGUGUGCCACCAGGAGAUGGAGGACCCUGGGGAGGCCCGGGCAUGCUGUGAGAGGGCCCUUCAGCUGCUGGGGGACAAGAGCCCCCAUCCUUUGUUAGCACCCUUUCUGGAGGCCCAUGUCCGGCUCUCUUGGCGCCUGGGCCUGGAUAAACGCCAAUCAGAGGCGCGGCUCCAGGUCCUGCAGGAGGCAGGCCUGACCCCCACGCCACCCCCCAGUCUCAAAGAAUUGCUCAUCAAGGAGGUACUGGACUAA